AUGUCUGAGAAACAACCAGUUCAAACAAAUUCUUCAAUCCAUUCAAUGUAUCAUUCCAGAGGUGUCCAAAGAAUCGAAAACAUCAAAGUCCUAAUGGACACUUCCAAAAAGGGAAACCUAUUCAGAAUCCUCCUUAGUGUUUCAUUAUUAAUCUGUGCUUGGGUCUAUUCAUUAGACUCCUCAACAACUUACAACUAUGGUCCCUAUGCAACUUCAUCUUUCAAACAUCAUUCAAUGUUGUCCACUCUAAACAUUGCAACCUCAAUCAUGUCAUCUGUUUGUAAGCCAAUCAUUGCCAAAUUUGCAGAUAUCACUUCAAGACCAAUCACUUAUAUCCUAGUUUUAGCCCUUUACGUUAUGGGGUAUAUCAUUGUCGCUUCAAGUUCCACAAUCUCUGCAUAUGUUAUCGGUGAAGUGUUUGUUGCCAUUGGUGGUUCAAGUAUUCAACUAUUGAAUCAAAUCAUCGCGGCUGAUUUAACUCCAUUGAAAUAUAGAGGUUUAUUAUUGGGUAUUUUGUCAAGUCCAUAUUUAAUCACAACUUGGUUUGCCGGGUUAAUCGUCGAUGCCAUCUUGGGGAAAGGUAAUUGGAGAUGGGGGUAUGGUAUGUUUGCCAUCAUUAUGCCCGUGGCUAUUACACCAGCUAUUGUGACAAUGUUGUGGCUAGAUCGUAAAGCGUUUAAAUUGGCUGAAGAAAACCGUGUGGCAGAAGUUGUUAAAUUAGAAAUCCCAAAAGAACAUAAAUUAUCAAGCAUGUCCCUUAAUGAAUGGUGUGUAUUCUUGUGGCAACAAACUUUGGAAGUUGAUUUAUUUGGGUUAAUCUUGAUGGGGUUUGGUUGGUCUUUAUUAUUAUUACCAUUUUCACUAUAUGAAAAUGCUGCAAAUCAAUGGAAGAAUCCUUCCUUAAUUGCAAUGCUUGUUGUUGGUGCCUUGUUAUUAAUCAUUUAUACAGUUUAUGAAUUUUGGUUUGCUCCUUAUCCAUCAAUGCCUAAACGUGUCUUGUUAAAUAGAACUUUUAUGACUGCAGUUUCAAUUGAUUUCUUUUAUCAAUGUGGUGGUAUGGUUAGAUUAUUAUAUUUCUCAUCUUAUGUUUGGGUCAUUAAAAACUGGACAAAUCAAGAAUGGACCUAUUUUAACAAUACUUUAACCAUGGGUCUUUGUUUCUUUGGUGUCAUUGUCGGUAUUGUGCAAAGAGUUACACAUCGUUGUAAAUAUAUUCAAGUUUUCGGGUUAUCAAUCCAAGUUGUCUCCAUGGGUAUUACACUAUGGGCUAGAGGUAAACAUGCCUCGACUGCAGCAUUAGCUUGGACCCAGAUCUUGAUUGGUAUUGGUGGUGCUUGUUCAGUUGUUGGUUCUCAAGUUGCAUCUCAAGCCUCGGUGCCUCAUCAGGAUACUGCCCUAGUUAUUGCACUUUUAUCACAAUGGAGUUCAAUUGGUCAUGCUAUUGGGUCUGCUAUUGCAGGUGCUAUUUGGACUGGUAAAAUGCCAGGUAAUUUAAGAAAAAAUUUACCAGAUUCUGUUAGUGAUUCAGAUAUUCAAAAUUUUUUCGCAAGUAUUACUUCAAUUCGUCAAUAUCCUUAUGAUUCGGAAAUUAGACAAGGUGCUAUAAAAGCUUAUAGUGAUACUGCAUAUUAUUUAUUUUUACCUGCGUUGAUCUUAACUAUUGUUCCAUUUUUAACUUCAUUAUUUCAAAAAAAUUUCUAUUUAGGUGAUAAUCAAAAUGCAAUUGAAUGUAAAACUGCUGAACAAACAAAAUUGAAUGCUGAAGUUGAAGCUCCAAAGAAUUUUAUUGAAAAAAUUGCAUUCUUCUUUGAUGAACCUGCUAAAUUCUUCAAAAAUAGAUCAUAA